CCUUUUCUCAGGUUCUGAGGACUAUAUAAGUUGGGCUGCCCAAGGAGAAACACAAACCGCUACAUAAACAACUUACCCGGUUUACAAGAGCUUUACAGCAAUUUUAUUCACACCAUGUGGAAGGCAGCCCUUUUGACUUUAGGACUGUUGGUGGCACUUGUAGACAGGGUGCGGUGCAAUGAUAACCAUCCCUCUUUCUAUGGGGUGAAAUUAUGUGGAAGAGAGUUCAUACGAGCUGUCAUCUUUACCUGUGGAGGUUCUCGCUGGAGGAGAAGUGUAGGAGAUUUAGCUCUCCCUGGAGAAGAGACCUUUGACCCAUGGAACACAAAUCCUAUCCCUCAACUUGCUGGUAAACAGGAUCAUGCUGAGUCCAACAUAUGGAAAGAUCAGGCAAUUGAUGUUACAUCUGCAGCUGCUGGAUUCAGCCGCUCAUCUCGCUCACCAAUGUUAGAGGAGGUACUGGAGGCUCUACGAAGUGGAGAUAGGAAAGGUCGGGAUGUGGUGGUGGGACUGUCCAAUGCCUGCUGCAAGUGGGGCUGCAGCAAGAGUGAAAUAAGCUCUCUAUGCUGAACCUACUUUUCUUAACAUCUCAUCUUGUAAACAGUCCAGAGCUCUGGUUUCUCCCUUUUUAAAUAAUUCUUUUCUUUAUACAAACAA